AUUUAAGUGGAAGUGACAAAAAGCACUGCACAAGGUGUUGACACGGUAAAAGAACCCAAUCUUGGUUAGUUUGCGGCCUCACUUUUUUCAUCAAAGGAUGUGACAUAGAGAGAGGGGAAGUUUAUCUUUUAUCUAUCACAACUGCUUUUAAACGCCACCUUCAAGAGGUUUGCAAAUAUAAAACUAAUCUUGACUUGUAUGAUUGUCAUUGCAUUACUAAUCAUCAGUCCAUGUCAUAUUUGAAAACUUGAGUGGACUCAGGAUGAAAUACAGAGCAGGUUUUCUGACGGUGCUGUGCGCCUGGAUGGUGAUUCUAAUGCAAAGCUUGGAUGCAGGACAUGCGGCAAAGAAACAUGUUGCUGCUGUUUCAUGCAGACCGAAAGAGCGGACAGACCUGACCAAAAGGGAAGUUAAAGCGGCCUUGGCAGGUUUUGAGAAAGCCAAUGGGAAGCACCUUGGCACUUGGCCCCCUGGCUUCCCUGAGCUCCAGGCCCACCAUAUCGAUGGGUCAAAAGUUCAGUGCAGCCUCCUCUUUAUGUCUCAAGGCCUGAAGAAAGUCCUGGAGGACCAGAUGGACCACCUGAAUCACAGAGAUGAUUCCCUUCACAAGACACUCAAGAACGCCAUCUCCGAGGUCCACAUGCUCGCAGCGUGUGCAAAGUAUAUUCUUGGAGGGGAAUGCCCAAAGCCACCCCCAACCAAUAUGCCCAAUCAGGCGUUUGAGAGAAAGCAGUGGAGUCACACUCUGUUGAAGACAGCCACGGACUAUCUGAGGUGGCUGGAGAGUCAGUUUGAGGUCCAAGUUUCAAAGGACAAAGAGAAAAAUAAGGGAAAACGUAAAGCCCCUGUGGCAACACAUCAGUACUUGGAGGGGAUUGGAUACCUCUUGUAAUCCAAGUUUGUGAUGCAGAUUGCAGUUUAUGGCAGCUUUUCUUUAAAGGUAGAGAUUUUACCAAGAUAAUUUUCAUGCUUAUUGUGGUUAUUACUAUACUAUUGUUUUUAUUAUAUGUGUACAGCAUGUUAACAUGUAUUUGGGACAUUUGAAAAUUGGUUCCUGCUUUUCAUACUUUAAUUUGGAUAAAUAGAUGAAGUUGAAGUUUUCCACAUGGUCUUAAGCAGAUGAAAAAACAAACAAUUAA